CUUAGCGAGACUCCGUCCAAUCUGAGGUCUUGGCAUUCAAGACACACACAAUUUGAUCGACGUGAAGACGGUUUUGAUAGCGAUUUCGAUCUUUCAAUUCUCUAACUCAAUAUCCCCUCUCAUCACAAUGUCCUCAAACAUCUCCAACGACCUGAUCUGGGAGAUCACCCGCAACCAGAACUCCUUCCUGGUUAACCGCAACUCCGGCGGUGGCUCCCAGUUCUCCCGGGACCCCCUGAACCUGCUGAACAAGCACUCCUACAAGUAUGCCGGUUAUUCCAACACCAAGGCCGUCGGUGUCCAGCCCACUGAGAACGGUGUCGCCGUGAUCACCAAGAAGCCCAGCAACCCCCAGCAGCCCGCUCAGAACCUGGUCACUGUCACCUACGGUCCCAGCACCGCCAACCGCAAGAUCUACAAGGGUGUUGCCGACAGAACCGCUAAGAACAACUACCGUGCCGAUCUUCGCGAGGAGGCCGUCGCCCGUGUGAGCGCCGUCCGCCGCUCGCAGCUCCCCAAGAAGGAUGCUCCUGCCCAGAAGCCCCGUGGCUCCAAGGCCCGCAAGGCCGAGGAGUCUGAGUAA